UACAAAUAUGGAGAGAGCUGAGGAACCUUUAACAGUUAAUACAUCUGAAAUUCGCCAGCCAGCUGUUCCUUGCCACCCGUCGUUGGAGAACUCGACGAUGGAGAGCCUCAACAGACAGAAGGAAACCGUAUUCAGCCUGGUGCAGGUGAAGGGGACGUGGAAACGCAAAGCAGGGCAAAAUGUGAAGCAAGGAAUAAAAGGACGAGUGUCAGCUGCUAAAAUUUCCUCUAGUGGCACCACCUGGACAGUGGUCACCCCCAUCACCUUCACAUAUACAGUUACUCAGACCAAAAAUCUUCUUGACCCCAGCAAUGACACUCUGCUUUUGGGCCACAUCAGAGACACUCAGCAGCUUGAGGCCUUACGGUCCAGCACCAAGCCCUUAAAACGCUUCAUAGUCAUGGAUGAGGUAGUAUACAAUCUCUAUGGUUCUCAGGUCACCGACUACCUCGAGGCCAGACACGUCCAGUACUGGAUCCUGCCCCUGCCCACGACGGAGGAGAACAAGUCCAUGGAAAUGGCCCUGAAGAUUCUGGGGAAAGUCCACCGGUUUGGUAUCGACCGGCGUACGGAGCCCAUCAUCGCCAUCGGAGGUGGAGUCUGCCUGGAUAUCGUGGGUCUCGCAGCGUCCCUCUACAGAAGGCGCACUCCAUACAUUCGUGUUCCCACUACCCUUUUGUCAUACAUCGAUGCUAGCGUUGGAGCAAAGACGGGCGUGAAUUUCGCAAAUUGCAAGAACAAACUAGGCACCUACAUCGCACCUGUUGCUGCCUUCUUGGACAGGUCGUUUAUACAGACAGUUCCUCGCAGACACAUAUCUAAUGGUCUUGCAGAAAUGUUGAAGAUGGCUCUCAUGAAGCACAGAGGGCUGUUUGAACUUCUGGAAAUGCAGGGGCAGUUUCUUUUAGACUCGAAGUUCCAGUCCGGUAUGGUUCUAGAAGACGACCUCAUUGACCCUGCUUCUGUUUCUACCCGUGUCGCUAUAGAAACCAUGUUAGAAGAAUUGGCCCCAAACCUGUGGGAGGAUGAUCUUGACAGACUAGUCGACUUCGGUCACCUGAUCAGCCCAGAAUUAGAGAUGAAAGUCCUACCAGCUUUACUCCACGGUGAAGCAGUGAAUAUUGAUAUGGCCUACAUGGUGUAUGUGGCAUGUGAGAUGGGGUUGCUCACAGAGCAGGAGAAGUUCAGGAUCGUCUGUUGCAUGCUGGGGCUGGAGCUGCCAGUGUGGCAUCAAGACUGCACCUUUGCUUUGGUUCAGAAAUCUCUAUGUGACAGACUACAACACUCUGGAGGGCUUGUGAGAAUGCCUUUACCAACAGGCCUUGGAAGAGCUGAAAUCUUCAACGACACUGAUGAAGGCACUCUGUUCCGGGCUUAUGAGAAGUGGUGCGAUGAACUGAGCACUGGUUCACUUCAGUGAGACCUCAGCCAAUGUUUACAUACAAGGGAUCCUCUUAGCUUUAACAAUUUAUACGCAUGUAUUAUUCUAUGACAGCUUCUGUUUCCUUUUUAUUUUGUAUACAUUAUGGGCAUUUAAAUGUUUUACAUUUAAAACAAUUGCUUCUCAUUACUAUAAUUGCCAUUUUUGUAAAUGGCCGUGAAUAGAAGAAGGCUGACUUGAUAUGUGAAGAUCUUUCUUUAGUUGUGUUUAAGGGUUUCUUUCCCACCAUUUCAUAUUUGACAAAGAAUCAUUUCGGUUAAUAAUGAAAUCAUUUAUUAAAAAUGUAAAAAAAAAAAAAAAAAUUUAAUUAAAAACUCUGUCUGAUGUGUUUGAUGUAAUGCAUGCAAGUUUAUAAUAAACAAUUCUCUUAUUAGCAAGUCUCCAUUAUGAUGAGAAAGAUGUAGCCUAUUAUGUUUCAGAGCAACAAUAGCUUCAGUUUUGUGAACACCAUCACAAAUACCACAGAUAUGUGCAGAAAACAUGACACCAUUUGUCUGGUAUUCAAUUAAUGUUCUCUUGUUUUUAUGUCUUCAUAAGUCU